UUUUUCCUCUUUCAAAAAACAACAAAAAUCUCUCCCUCUCUCUCUACCUAUUUCCGUUUUGUUAAAAUCAAUCACAAAAAUAACUUUCAAAAAACAUUUUCUUCUUCUGGCCUAGAUUUGAUUCAUUUCUUCUUUUGUUUUUUUAAACACAUGUUGGAGGAGGGGGGGGGGGUGGGGGGGGGGUGAAUGACAGAAGAAAGAAAGAGCUAUUUUCUCUUUUUUUCCUUUUACUUAAUUUCGAUCCGUAAAAAAAUUUUUUUGCCCGUGGGCACCGACUAGUUUAUUACUUUAUUUUUGCUUCUAUUCAAGUCAAUUUUGUUGAUUUUUUUAAAAAUCUCUUUUUGCAGAUAAAUCAGUGGAUUUUUGUGUUUUUGAUGUCUUUUCUGUUUUUUUUCUUAUUUGUAUUUUUGUGUGUUUUUGUGUUUUUUUUUGUAUUUUUCCCUUAUAAUUUGCUUUAAAUUUUAAUUAUUCCGGAAAACACAUAGUAUGUAUUUAUUGUUUUUAUUUUGUAUUUUAUCAUUUCCGGAUUUAUUUACUUCCGGAAAGUUUACUCAUCUAAUAUGUAUUUCUGUAUUUUUAUUUUGUAUUUUUUUUCUGUAUUUUUAAUAUUUUAAUUAUUUUUAAUAGAUAGUCGGCUUUAAAAAAAUGCCGCAGCCUCCCCAUUCAUUAAAUAUUAUCAGGAGGCCUUUAAAUAUUUUAUUUUCACUGCCAACAAAAUUUAUUUUAAUUUUAUUCACUUUAUUUAUUGGAAUUGAAGGAUUUAAUGUUGACACUAAAAAUGCUCAAAUACAUAGACGUCCAAAUACUGGAUUUGGAUAUACUGUAGAUUUUGCUUAUAGAGACUCUAGAAAUAGAAAAUUAACGUAA